UGAGUCGGCUUGUUCAGCCUGAACCAACUCCCCACAUUAGCCACCAACCUCUAAGCUUCCACGUUCCGUCCGCAGUCAUCCAGAUCUUGCCCGGAUCUAUGCGUGUGAGGCUCCACCGCCCUCGUCAGAGUCCCGCUUUCCCUUGUUGCGACCGCCGCCGUCAAUUCUCUCUUCAACACCGAUCAGAAGCUCGCCGGCUAGAUCAAGUCGCCGAAGCGCUUUUUUCUUUCCAUCUGUCCUUGUUGCCGGAUCAAUCCUCCCCUUCUUGCCUUCCUCGUUGCCAUCUCAAACAGCAAUAUAACAACCUUGACAGCUGGCCUAGGUGACGUGUAAAACAGGAGCCAAUGUAUAAAUAGGAAGAUUCUUUCUGUGAUUGGUUAUAUGUUGUUAUCCAAUAAACUCAUUCUUAGCUACUUUACCAAUUAUGUUAGUAGAUAGCUGAAUAAACACGCCCCCCCCCGGAUAUAUCUCAAUACAAUUCGCCAGAUUUCCUCCAUUAUCGAUCCUUACAAGUGGUAUCAGCAGCCUAUAAUAUGGCAAUGGCGACGAAUACGUCUCGAAUCGUGGAUUUGGAGAAUCAGAUGGUUGCGGUCCAAGUGAAGUUGGAUACUCAUCAUCAAGAUUUGAAGGACACCAUUGUUGUUUUGGCAGCCUCGACGAAGGAGAAUAUCGACGCUCUUACAGCUUCUAUCACCAGGUUGCAGGAGAAAUUGUCGAUUCGCUCGCUGCCGCACGCCGAUCCCGGUCAUUUUACCGAUCACCAACACUUCCGUCAUCAGCAGCGUCGUCCGUCGCUUCUCGACCACUAUCUGCGAUUGGAAUUCUCUUACUUUUCUGGCUCGGAACCUCAAAGUGAAUCUCGGAUUAUGAAUGAUCCUCACGCCUGUACUUCCGAGUUGCGGGGACAAAAGAUGUACACUCAAAGACCUUUGGCUCGCUUGAAAAAAGGUUUCGAUCAUGGAUUCAUUGAAUCCGUUGAUUUUGUAGAAUGUUAGUUUUUUUGUUGUUUUGUGUAUUUUUUAUUUUAGCUUUAAAGAUUUUUAUGGAUAUCAAAUCUUUAUAAUCAUAAGGAUUAUGUAUCUUGAUUCGGGAGAUCUUUUUUUCUCCCUUUUUAUCCCACUAAAUAGACAUAUCAAUAUAUUUUCUAUUUUUUUAGAACCUCACUAAUUUUUUUAUUAAGGAUAAAUAUAUCAUUUAAUAUAGAAUAAGAAUUUUU